AGCAGAACGUGCUCGACCAGAUGGAGGAGGUGUCGUCGUUCGCCCCGCUCCACAACCACCACGCUAUGCUCAUCGUCAAGGAGUGCCUCGAGCACCUGCCCGAGGCGUACUCGGUCCUCUGCUUCGACACGCUCUUCCACCAGACGAUCCCCCAGUUCCGCCGCCAGUACGCCAUCUCGACCCCGCCCCACAAGACGCCUGUCCCGCUCGUCAAGUACGGCUUCCACGGUCUCAGCUACGCCAACAUCCGCGACCAGAUGGCCAAGGAGCUUGGCAAGGCCAAGAACGAGGUCAACCUCGUUGUCGCGCACCUCGGCAGCGGCGGCAGCUGCUGCCUGAUCCAGAACGGCGAGAGCAAGCAGACGACGAUGGGCGUCACUCCCCUCGAGGGCCUUCCCGGCGGCACUCGUUCGGGCACGAUCGACCCGAGUCUCAUCUUCCACCACACGCCCGACUGCUCUGACACGGUCAAGGUCUCGGGCCGCGACAUCACCAAGGGCGAGUUCGUCCUGAACAAGGAGAGCGGCUUCCAAGCGCUGUGCGGGACGAACAACUUUGGCACGAUCACGUCGCGGGCGUUCCCGUCGUCGUCCUCGCCCGACGACGCGCCGCAGAACGAGGAGUACAUGGCCGCCCGCCUCACGUACCAGCUCUACCUCGACCACCUCCUCGCCGUCCUCGCCCCCUACCUGUCCCACAUCUUCUCGUCGCCGUCAAAUUCGACGCUCGACGGCCUCGUCUUCUCGGGCGGCAUCGGCGAGAAGUCGGUCAAGCUGCGCGAGGACGUCGUGCGGCACUUUGCGUGGGUCGAGCAGCUCGCCGGCACUGGAGGAGGGAUCGACGAGGGUCGGAACGGCGCAGACGUCGAGGGCACGAGGGAGAUCACCAAGGACGGGAGCAAGGUGCGCGCGUGGGUCGUCGAGACGAGCGAGGAGGACGAGAUGGUCCGGAUGGCCGAGCAGGAGCUCAGCAGCCUCGGCAAGUGAUCGCGCUCUCUGUCGUAGACUCUGCUGUACAUAGACUCUGUCCCCUU